CAACGCGCUUUUGAAAAUCGAACAGAGAUGACAGUUUGAUCGUUUUUACUUUUUUUUAAUGAUGUGGCUCUGGUUACUUUGCGUGGCUGCGGCCGCGGUGUUUUCGGCGGAGGGUGCAGGCGCCGGCGCCGCCCGCCUUGUCUGUUAUGUGGAAAGCGCGCGCGCAUCUGACUUUACCGAGUGUACGCAUCUCGUGUACGCGGGCGACGCAAGAGGAGAAAAACUCGACGCUUUGCUAAAGGAAUAUAGGAAAGACAAUCCGAGGGUCAAGAUUGUGUUGCGGGUUUCGGAGGUUGAUAAGAACCUCCCUGACCUCCUCAAGUCAAAGCACGUGCAAGGUCUCGAAAUUCACGAUGCUCACAAAACCCUUAACAAAACCAAGGUCUUGGAGAAAGUGGAAGCAGCUAGAGAGGCCAUCAGCUCUUCGGGAGGUGGACCUCUGUUCCUGGCACUACCAGCUCACCCUGAACUCUUGGCGAAGUACUACGAUCUCAGAGCUUUGAUGAAGAAAGUCGAUCUGAUGAUGGUGCAAACACAUGCGUUGGGAUUGGUGAAGAAGAUGACUUAUCAUCCCAGUCGGUUGAGCGGGUUAUGGGAUAUGAUGAACACUGAUUCAGUAGUAGACCUCGUAGUUGGAUUAGGAGUUCCCGCCUCCAAAAUUGUAAUCAGCUUACCAGCCACAGCCAGGCAGUUCAAGCUGCAAAACGAAACCCUCAGUACUCCGGGAAGUCCCACCGAAAACGACGAGCCUAAAGAAAUCGACCAGGCCGAACUUUGCAGGCAGCUGCGUAAAGGAAGAUGGACUCUGGAAAGGGACCAGGACCUGUCUGCACCUUAUGCUUUUAAGGACAAGACCUGGAUCUCCUUCGAAGAUGCCUCAUCAGUAGAUGUGAAGGGUAAAUACGCGCGUGUGAGAGGUCUCGCCGGCCUGGCUCUGUACAAAGCCGACCGCGACACCGACACCCCCUGUGCGCCGACCCUCAGGACCGCAUUGACGAAAGUGCUGAAUCAGCAGAGCAGGGCACCUAGAGCGGCUGUACUGAGAUCUCUUGAAAACGAAAUCCUAUCAGCCCCGAGUGUUGCCGGUCGUGCUCUGGACGCUCUGCAGGUCUCCCCUUACCGUAUUACGCAAGUUGUCGACUCCGAUGGCGUUAUUCAUUCGAUUAGAGAGGAUACGAGAACCGAGUUCUCUUGCUCUCGCCAAGGAUACUACGUGCACCCUCGCUCCUGCGCCAGGUUCUACCGGUGUGUAAAGUUCGAUCAACUUUCACCGGAAUACACAGUAUUCGAAUUCGAUUGUCCAGCUGGUCUGGCCUUCGACUCUCGCUACGAGGUGUGCGGGUGGCCCGGCAGCCUGCCGUACUCACAAGCCUGCCCGGGAUCCUCCGAGAUAGCGCCCGUGCCACGCACCAGAUUCGUCUGUCCAGAUAAGGAAGGUUACUUCGCAGACCCAGAGAACUGCCGCUGGUUCUUCGCAUGUCUGGACCACGGCAAGGCGCCGCUCACCGCCUACGAAUUCCGCUGUCCCUUCGGGCUCGGCUUCGACGCCGCGCGCCUCAAGUGCGACUGGCCGUGGCUGGUGCCGGCCUGCGGGAACAUUGCCAGAUACGAAGCUGAGGCGUUCGGCUUUUCUGGUGCUGCUCUCACCGGUGCUACUGGCUUCCAAGGAAAAACUGCCGAUUCAGUCAACAUCGCUGCUCAUCAGAGUUUAGUAUCCGGAGCCUCGUUGGACAAUCUCGUGGGCAUUCAAGGCGGACUUCUCUCAAAGGACGAUAUCCUUGACAGCAAUUACAUCGCUUCCCAAGAAGCCGCUAAUCUAGGAUUCGCUGGACCGGGCACUUACCAAAUUAACGACGACUAUGCGAUUGGAAGUCAAGGAGAGUCGAGCGGACAUUCUUAUAAUAUAGUUGCCGCAGAUGAUAUUAACAGGGGUCUUGGCCUCGUCCAAACCACAAAUUAUAAUGGUGGAGAGAGAUACACAAGCGGAUCUCUCAUUUUAGACGACUAUAGAUUACCUGCUGCUAGUUCUAUUAACAGUCAAAGGUUACGCGCUAAAGUAGGCGGCGAUUCAGGAAAAUACAAAGGGAAUGAUGCUUACGUUGGCGUAUCACCGAAAUACGAUAGUAGUCGGUACAACGCUGGAGCGUACUAUCGUAAAGACAAUUCGGGUAAAUACGUCCACAACCCAGCAGGAGAUCGCGCUAAACCUUACGAACAUCUCGACAUACCUCCUGUGCCUUAUACGCAAACUGACAUUAAGUAUACGCAGAGCAGCUCCUCUGAUAGUGGUUCAUAUAGCCAAAGUUCAGGAGGUUACGUUUACCCCAAGCCUGCAAUCGCAUUUAACGAGGAGCCAGGAACGUACCAAAGUCUAUACAAGAUUGACGGGCAACUUGAUGCGUACACCAGUGGCGCGAGUGGAACCACAAGUGGUGCUACAAGCACCUACUAUGGCAGUGAUAGCAAUGGAAAUGUUGGCGAAUAUGUUACUGAUGAGAACGUUUACACAGGCGCACCACACGUAUUAACCGCCGGGGCCGUAAGAGUCGGUCUUGUUGGGAAAACGUCUUUGAUCGAUGCUAAUUACUCCGACCAAGGAAACUAUCAAACCCAAUCCUAUAGUCAAGAUGUAGUCCAUCAGACAAAUGAAGCUGGAUCUGGUGUUUCUAUUACUCAGUUUGGCACAACUCAAAACGACGGCUACAGUUACGUCACCAAUCCAACAUCGUCUGGAGUUCCUACAACAGCAACUCCCUUACCUGUUACUUAUAAAACUACCUAUGUACCUUUAGUACCAAAAACUAGUAUCAAACAAGUUUUUGGUUACACUCAACCAGCGGUGACAUACGUUCAACCUACAGUGGUACCAGUGAAACAAGUGGCGCCACAAAUUCAACUGACUAAUAACUAUAACCAAGGUCUGAACUACGAAUAUGAAAGUAAGGAUUAUUCUUCGACCUAUAACACUGGAUCGACAGGAUACGAUUACUCGAAACCAGCCGUUAAAUUUGAAGACAGUGUAUCAUAUACUACAGCGGCUCCAUCAGCUACUGUAAUUUCUUACAAACCUCAAGGAUUUGGACAUCAGCAACAAACUAUACACAAAGUAGAAUCCGUUGGGUUCGAAUACUCAACUCCAAGACCUGUCUCUGAGCCACCGUUUAGAAAACUAGUGGCAUAUACUACCGGGACACCAGAAACUUAUGUUCAACCAACGGCGCAAUCUUACAGCCAACAAACUCUACACAAAGUCGAAUCUAGUAACGUUUAUACUCCUUCGGUUGAUGUUUCUAGUCAAGUAUCAAAUACUUAUGAAGUUCCACAAACUGUUGUGCAAUAUUCAGCUCCCCAGCCAGCAAUAUCAGUCCAGCCCACAAUAUCUACAUACCAACCACAAUCAUAUAGCCAACAGACUCUACACACUGUAGAUACUGGCAAAGUUAACUCUUAUUCUCAAAACCAACAAGAACAAGGUUAUGAAUACCAGCAACCGACUGUUUAUGUCCAAAGUACUGGUGCUCAGUACUCAACAGCAGGCCCUACAGUUUCAUAUCAGCCUCAGAGUUAUAGCUCUCAAACGAUACAAAGGUAUAAUACUCAGCAAUAUGUGCCAGUAUCAUCUACCGCACGUCCUGUGACAUCUACUCCUGUGACAGUGUACGAAAAUCCUCUUCUUAAAUACACUGUAAAAGCAACACCAGCGACGUACGUUAGUCCGUACGUACCUAGCCGUCAAGCAUUCAGCCAACAAACAGUUCAUAGAGAAGAUACUAAAACCACAGCAGCUGGAUCCAGUGGAUAUGAAUACGUAUCAGGUGCAAGAUACGAACAACCGCAAACAACUGUUUACACUACUGCCCAACCCCAAGUAUACAGUCAACAAACAUUACACCAAGUUGAUGCAGGCCAAGUUAAUAAUUAUCAAGGUUCGUCAGUUUCAGGAUAUGAAUACUCACAACCAGCUGUCACAUUCGAACAAAAGUUCGUCUCAUCAACACCUGCACCGAUCGUUACAUCAACUUAUAGGCCUCAAACAUUUAGACAAAAAGUUGUUUCAACAACGUCACAACCUAACUUACUUUACCGACUGACUGAUGUCAGUCUAAAUGAGAAUCCACUUCUUAAGUACACUGAAACGGUUGAGCCAGUCACAUAUGUCAAGCCAACUUCUUCUGUGUUCACACAAUCAUAUCAACCUACACAACAGACCAGAACAAGCUACGUCAGUAAACCAGCAGAAUAUGAGUCAACUGCACAGCAGACAUAUGUAAGCCAAGAAGGUUAUUCUUAUAAUCAACCAGAAACAGUGAGCCAAAUUGCCACUUCCAAUCGAGCAAGUUAUUCGGAUGCAAGCGCUGUUUCCCACCAGUUCUUCCAUCAAGGCAGUGGAAACACUCAAUACGAAAAUGGUAAAGGUGUGUUUGUUUCAACAACGCCAGCUACUCUUGUAUACGAAGACCACUAUGCCGAAUAUGAAAGUCCAAGGAAAGUUAAAACAUACAAAGCACCAGAUUACAUACCACCUAAACAACAGUACCAACAAGAAGUUACCUACUCGACUGCCUCAACACCAAUCUUUGAUCAAAGAAAUUCAUUUGUACGAACUCAAGAUCAGUAUGACUAUAGGCCCGCUGAUUAUUCUCAACAAUAUGAAAGCUCAGUACAAUACACGGAUUCCAAGUCAAGUUCAGGCUCUUCACAGACUGUAGAAUCUGUACAUUUCACUACGGUUCCUGACACAAGAACCACAUAUCAAUACAAUCAAGGUUAUCAAUCUCCUGAAAUACAGGUAGGGUACAAAGCUGAGGAAUAUUUGCCACCAGUCGUCUCAACUGAAACUCCAGUCGUCACAUCUACUUAUAGACCACGAACAUAUUCUACUACUCGGGAAUAUUUACCUCCUACCACAAAACCAAAUUAUACCGCUCCUGAGUAUUUGCCACCAGUUGAUACAUACAUCACACAAUCGACUGCUAAACCUGAAAUUAAGUCGUUAGAAUAUUUGCCACCAUCAAGCGAAACAGUUUCUCGUGUAGUCAAUUACGAGAGCUUUGGAUACAAUAACGAUGAAUCGAGAGGUUCUUCCAGAUUUGGUACUUAUCAAGAUUAUUCUGUACCAACUGAGGGUGCUAUCGUAGUUUCUUCAACAGCAGCUCCUAUUGUAAGACAGCAAAACAUAGUUGUUCAAAACGCAAAAGCUAAUUUACUAGGUUUCGGAACUGUUGGCCCAGAUGCAGGUUUAGUAUCAACGACUUAUACCACCGCACAACCUAUUGCAUCAGGCUCCAACAGCUAUUAUCUGUCUCCUAAAACUGUCACAUCGACUUAUGCGCCUGAGCUAGUCGAGGUCACCUCCGCACCGAGAAGGACAAAGACGAAAUAUAUAAGACCAGCUGUUAAAUCCACAACGGAAUCAAACUAUUACGUAGAGUCGACUAGAGCGUAUCAGGCACCAGAAUACUUACCCCCUUCAGAAGACACUUUACAAGAAAAUAUCGGAUUAUACGGCUAUAAGAGUACAACUGGUCCCGAGGUUAGGUAUAACCCGUAUCAGGGACAAGAACAAGUUGUGGUGUCAACAACAUCGGCACCUAAGAGGAAGCAAAAUAUCGUUGUGGAAACAGCUAAAUCUCAAUUGCUAGGAUUUGGCACUAUUGGAAAUGAUGCUGGUUUGGUUGCCUCAGGCUCUUACUCGACACCAGAAUCAGUUGCAGUAUCUUACUCAACGGUUCCAAUUAGACAAGAGAUUGUUGAAGUUACAUCAGCACGAGCUCCCAUAAGAAGAACGAAACCUAAAGUAGCUGUUGUUACAAAAAUAAACGAUUUCAACCCACUUCUUGUGAGAAAAUUAGGAGCUGUUUGCAGUUGUCAAUCGCCUGUGCUAGUACUUAAAGGAAGAAGACCUUCAGUUCAAGAACAAGGUAAUGAUGAAUACACCAAUGGAUAUGACGAUGCAGGGCGUGGGGAUAUCGGUGAGAGUACCUGGGCUCAAAAAUCUACUAGAAUUUCGACUGUACCAGCUGUAAACACAGUGACUGUGGCUCCAGUUUCAUCAACUUUCAACCCAAUCAUAGUUCCUGAUGAUUCGUUCUAUCAAGACUAUCAAGAUAAUAGCUACAAUAUUCCAGCAGCUUCUGCUCGCAAGGACUAUUCUGAGAGUUACGUGUCAAGUACACCUGCAAUUUCAACAACAGAAAGAAUCGUCAGAAUAAAACCACGUGUCAAGGCUGUGACUGUUGCUCCGACUUAUAGAACAGUACUAUUAAGUGAAGGAGUUACUCCAACUGCUGCAAUACAAGAAUCCGGAGACACUGUGUCUGUGGACUCACAAACGUUUGAUCGCUACGGUCCAGGUGGCUGGAGAAGCAGAGACGAAACGUUGCAAGGCUCUAUUGACUGCCAGAGAGCAGGUUUAUUCCGUCAUCCAAAACAGUGUAAUAAAUUCUACGCUUGCAGAUGGGACUGUACUAAGCAAAGGUUUACUCUCCAUAUAUUCAACUGUCCAGUUCAACUUAGUUUCGAUCCUAACUUAGGUGCUUGUAACUGGCCCAGCCAGGGACCCGCUUGUCAAGGCGACACACUUCUGACUAAUUCUCUUUAAACGCUACAGAAAUAAACGCGAAUGUAAUCUUGACGUGCCAUCUAAAUUGUGAUAAGGUGUGACCACGAAAUCCUACGAUUUUUAAUUUGUAUCGAGCGUAAUUAUUAAGUUGAGUCUCUCUUUUUUAAUUCUCUAGGCUUAUUUAUUUGUUUGAUUGUUUUAAUGUUAAUUCAUAGUUAUUUAUUACUCAUGCUCUUUUAAAGCUUGUGCUUGCAAAGCAUUAUAAUUUCGGCAUUGAUUGAACAUAAGUUACCAUUUUCUAGUUCAUUUAGUAUAUGACGUUUUGUGAAGUUGAGGAGUCAUUUUUGUAUUUUUAUAAAACGCUAUAAUGUAAAUAUAUCAUUUAUUCAUUUA